UUACUCUAUGUAUAUGACCGUGGUGUAUAUCUAUGGGUGUGUGUCUGAAGUUCGUUGAUAAGAAUUGCGGUAGUUUGCUUAUUCAAAAUUUGUAUUAAACGUUGAGUGAAUUUGAAUUUAUAUUAAUUUUUCGCACAUUCAAAUUUUAUUUAAGUAUCAAGACUUUACUGUUUUUUUUGAUGGAGGAAGCCAUCGCCUCGGAUGAUGACAGAAGCAACGACCUUUGGCAGCCGUACAAGGAGCUGCUAAACAUUGUAACAGCAAUGAUGUACAGGCCGACCAGUGAGAUCUUUGAAACUGCCCAGAAUGUGUUACGAACCCACCGUCAAAAUUUUUUGACUUUGCUUAGAAAUCCUCCGAAGAAUGCCCAAAGCCGGCAAAACUUACUGCAAGGCAUCAAGGAGGGCAUAACUCUCCCGGGGGUUGGCCACCAGUUGCUGCCCAGGGAGCUGGUUGAUGAGGCCAUCAUCAUCUCCGACAUGUACGACUUGAACGAGUAUUUGGCCCUCGACCUGCUGUUCACAGCGCACCAGCAGAUGCCAUUUCACCCGGGUCAGACGCGCGGCCUGGUGGCCGUCCUGCUGUACUACGACGGGCGGAAGGCGCUCGUCACGGCUCUCAAGCUGCUGGUGAAUGCUCGGCGAGGGGUCAGCUGGGAAGCCGACUGUGAUCCAGACAUCACCGCCUACAUCACCCAGUACACCAAUAAGCUCAUGGAGGAUGGCCUCUUGUCCAACAUACUAGACACUCUGGAGUGCCUGGACGUGGCCAAGGAGCUGGAGCUGCUCCAGCAGAACCGUGCCCUCGGAAACCCCAAGCACCAGCACGAGGUGGUCACCCUGUUCGAGGGCACGCGCCAGGCCCUGGCCAGCAUCGUGUUCCUGUGGGCGGUGCAGUCCGGCCUCCCGCGGGAGCCCGCCUUCAGGCUGAUGAACCAACUGAAGACAUAUAAGAUCCAGGAGCACGCAUCGGGGGGUGUUGAUGACAUACAUCUUGCGCUGGAGAUGGCCCUGCUUUAUGCGUUAGACCUGAGUGCCCUGCAGCGUCGUGAAGACACUGAUGAGUUUGUGCGUAACCUGCCGUUGCUGGUGGACCAGUCGUUGGUGGUGGACCUGAUGCGGGAGCUGAGUCCCGUGGGGCGGCAGUGGGACUGUGUGGGACUCCAGGCGCUCACACAGCUGGCCUUUGGACUAGCCCUUACCACCCUGCGCACUGCCCCUCAGUGCUUGCACCCCGCUGGAGACCGCAACUUCCUCGAUGAAGACGAGGUGUUAGUGGAUACGGCAUUGGAGCUGAAAGUGUUUGACUUCCUUCAUUCUACGUUCUUGGGGAAUGCCACAUUCUUCAAAGAGGAGUACUACCUGCGACGUCUGCACGUGCUGCUGACGGACCUGAUCCUGCUCAUGCCCCUGAAAGUGAAGGAGCUGCGGGACAGGGACGACGAAGCCGCUCACACCACCCAGAUGUACGCCCAGGAAGGUCUGGAUCCUCCGACACACCUGAGCCACCACUUUGAGCACUUGCUGCUGACAGUUGCCCGACUGUACCAGGACAACCCUCUGGGGCUUGACCUCGCUGUGGAGUACUGGUGCCCCGUCGAUGCUGGUUUUGAGUCAUUUCGCACCCAGCCACGCCAGGUGGCCCUGUUCAAGUUUGUGCGAAAUGCAGGUGAUGUACUCCCAGCCACUUUGUUUGUACCAUACCUGAAGAUGGUGCGCAGCCUCGCAUCAACAACUGAGAGUGCUCGGCACGCCUUCAACAUGCUUAAACAGAACAGCCAUGGCAGUUCAAGCAUUCUUUCCUGGGACCACUUCUUCUCAUCAUUCGAGAGGUACUACAGCAACUUGCGGCAGGAGCUUCCUCCAACGAGCGACACAGUCUACCGCCACCGCAGCUACCCUCGAGGCAUCACCCCUCAGGAGAUCCAGGGCCUUCAGGCAGUUCUUGCUCUCAUGAGGACCAUUGCUGAGCUGAACGAGAGUGCACGGGUGGCACUGUGCAGCGGGCCACAGUGGAUGGCCAUGACGGUGCUGCUGGGGCUCGUGAGCUGCUCCGUGCCCAUCCCCUUGAAGGCAGAGCUGCUGCUGACCCUUGCUGCGCUGGCCCGCUCCCCCAGCACGGCAGCUACUCUCUGGCACAGCCUGGAGGCUUCCCAGAUACUGACCACCGUGCCCAGCACCUGCAGCUACCAGCCUCGGGGCAUCCAGACGGAGCUAGAAGAGGUCGAGAGUCGCAACGAAGAGUUCCCACUGACUCGCGCUCUCCUCCACUUGCUGGAUGUGCUGACGGAUGUGCAGGUGCCCAGUCUGCUGGGCGUGGGGAUGCGCACUCCUGGCUUUGACCCGUACCUCAAGUUUGUCCUGAACUCUGUGUUCCUGCGCUUCAACUGCCGUGCCUAUAAAAAUCCCCAUGAAAAGUGGGAGGUGUCUCGAGGCUGCCUCAAGCUGCUCGUGAAGUUUAUCUCCCAGUACGAGCCUCAGGCGGAGGAUUUUGUGGGCAGGAAAGUUGACCUGCAAGGCGGUGGGAUCACUCACGUGAACCCCUCUCCCGGCCACCAGAUCAUGCUGUGCCUCAACACCAAGUCGGAGCACCUGAGGCUGGUGCUGGAGGUGAUCCACAUAGGCUGCCAGCUGCUGGACGCCUACCAGCCAUUCCCCGGCAAGGAGGCCCUGGAGGACACCACGCUGCUGUGUCUGGAGCUGCUGAGCGGGGUUCUGGGACUGCAGCAGGCCUUCCUCACGGCGCUGGGCAAGUCGGGCUGUCAUCUGCUGAUCACCGGCCUCAGCAAGCUGCUGCGCGAGAUGAACCCGUGCAGCGGCAGCCCCGACCAUCUCCUCAAUGUGGCCAGGUAUGUGACUUACAACUAUUGGCUGCCUCACCACGCUCUGAACGCAGUGCGCAUCUUGCUGUCCGUCACGACCAGCCCGACCAUCCACACCCAGCUGGUGGGGCUGUUCACGUCCACGCCAUCCCUCACCUUGGAAAUACGCCAGGCAUUUGUGGAGUGCUUGGACGCUGAGAUACAGGGUGACGACGAGGAAGGAAAGGUGCGCACGGCUUUGAAGGAAGACAUUUUGAAGCUGCUGCUGCAAUGUCUUGACCACGGCUGGCCCAACACCUCUCACUACCUGUUUGGCUUCCAGCUCAACCAGGACAUCAAGAAAAUGGUUUUCCGCCAGGCCGGUGUGAUGGGGACGCCCAGGAACUGCCUGCAUGCCCUCACGUCGCUGCUGAACGAGCACGUCCUCCUCCCGGGGGGUGCACAGCUACAACUGGUGCGGCCGGGUGUGGUGGAGCUGGGCUACCACACCCUGUAUGCUCUCUGCGCAAACCUGCUGACCUCGGACCCCGUGCUACGCUUUCUGCGCUCCUGCGGCGACUUUCUGGCACUGCACGUCGCCGCCCUGCCCUUCACUGGCACUGACAGAGUGAAAGAGCUGAGCCAGAUGUCGUGGCUACUAAAGACUGUCGCGGUGGAACUGAAGGUGACUGCGAGGAAGCGACAGCAGUCUCACCUGUCAGCUCUGGUGCAGCAGCUCGUGCUGAAGCCAGAAGCUAUCGCCGAGGCCACCAGUGCUCGUGCCUCCUUCCUGCGCUCCAUCGACGUGGCCUCAGAGACCGUGGCCUUGAUGGAACCAACUCUGCCUGACAAUCGAAAAGUAGAACUAAUAGUCCACUUGAUCUCUUUUAUUGAAUUUUCUAAAGAACCAGAAACUUCACCAUCAUGGGAAUUUUUCGACCCAGACCAGAUUGAGCAGGUGUUUCUUAAGUGUGAAACCGGCGGCACCUCAAGGCCCAGGCUGGUUGACAUCAAGCAGCUGCACCGUGUCCUAAUGGACGAGCUGCACCUGGUGCAAGGCACUUCCACAGCCGGACAACGGCAGCUCAUACUGCAGGAGAUCGAGAGCAUCCUGGAGUAUGCGGUCGGGUGCAAUGCCCGGCUGGCGCGUGUCGCAGCCAGCUUGCAGCUGAUGGAGGCCUGGAGCGAGGUGGUGGGCACUCUGUUCGCCGUCACCCCCGCUGACAUCCUGCCCUUGGAGCAGCGCACCCAGCUGCUGGUCGAGACGGUCCACAAGCUCCUCUCUGAGGUGGUGAGCGAGAGCGAUCAAGUGGUGCCUCAGCUGGCCAUGCAGUGCUCUACGGCCGUGAUGCUGCUGCUUGUGAACCUCCGUGCCAGCCUGGUGGCUCGCCGGCUGCAGGAGCGCCAUGCCGCCGCCGCACUCAGCCCGGCCCUCGUCCGCACCGCCAAGAGCGACGCCUCCAUGACCCUCGUGCUCAACAACCUCCUCAGCUGGAUCCUGACCUCUGGAGGGAAGUCGCAAAAAAUGCGUGCGUACCUGUUCGCCUCUCUGCUCAACUACCUGUUCGUCAUGUGUGACAACACUGGGCCAGUCCCCUCUGGAGGUGCCUCCUCGCUGCGGUACUUCUUCCACCGUCUGGACAGCUCUCAGUACGUGCCGUCAGAGCCCCGCCUCGCCAGCAUGCGCCGCAGUGUGUUGGAGGGAUUGGUGCGCGUGGGUGACAGCCUCAUCCAGACUCUGUGUCGCGACUGCACCAGCGGACACCAGAUAUGCAAGAUCCUGGCAUUGUCUACUCUGGACAAGCUGCUGAGCCUGGAGCACCACAAGGUCUGGAUCGCGAUCCUGGGGCGCGGCUACAUCAAGCGCCUCGUCUGCAGCCUCCAGAUCCUGGACCAGCAGCUGGCAGCAGCCCUGGAGCCCGUCCCAGACACACUCAACCCGAUCUUCGUGUACGAGUCUCUCAUGGCAUUGCUGUGUCGAGUUGCUUCAACAGCUGAAGGUGCCCGAAUGUUGUUGGAGAAUGAUGUGCUUGGCUGUCUGUGCUCACUCCAAAUCCUAGACAGGCACCCUGACAUCAGGACUAAAAACACGCCUAAGCUGGUGACAGUGGAGGAGGACUUCUUCACGUCGGUGAGUGCGCGCUACAUGCAGGUGUUCCUGCCGGCACUCAACCUUUGCGACGCACUCAUCACCACGCUCGGGACUGAGAACCUGCAGUGCAUGGCUGAGAUUCAACGUUUCCUAGUCAGUCACAAGGACGUGGUCAGCCUGGUCCUGCACUCGGGCAGUCCUCACGUCGAGGAAAUCUUCCUGAAAGAACUGGCACGGUUGACUGGCAUCAUAGCCUGCGUCUCUUACCCAGAUAUCUCCCCGUCGGAGCAGCAGCCAGACCUCGAACGCACUCGCAAGCAGAUGCUGUGCUUGUUCUCGCGCUUCCUCAUGUGGGAGGGGCUGCGUCAGUGGCACUCCCAGGAGCGCGUGCUGCACUUCUUCCAGACCGCCUGCCAUGCCACGCAGUUUGCUCGCUACAUUGUCACGCGCUGCGCUACUCGGGCACACGCCGUCGGCAUCGUCUUCCGCCCUGUGUUGGCUGAUGCCAACCGUGUUCACACAGAUGCGUGGGCGGCCGGUGGCGGGCGAGGAGAGGUGCCGACACUGGGGUCGGUGGUGCAGCAGUUGGUACAGUGCGUGGACCACCACCACCGGGAGAGGGCUAGCUUGGAGGCGCUGGGCAACAAGCUGGCCGGCACUGCCUCCAUGACCACCGCCGAGCUGCACCAGGUGCUGGGGGAGGACGACUCGACUGGCGCGGAAGGAGUGGAGAGCGCGGGAGAGCUGCGGGUGCUCGUGGCCCAGCGACUGGACCGCUGCACAGCCAUGAAGCGGCGGGAGCUGGAGCUGUGCGCCAACCUGAUAGAGAGCACGCUCUACCUGCUGUGGUGCCACCUGGACAUGUACAUGCGACGUGCCAUUCCGCACUCACGUUUCUCCCUCACCUUGGUGGACCAGGCAGAGCACGACUACACAACACCAUUUGCAGAGAGUGGUUGGAAAGUGAUGCUUGAUGAAAUCAGCCAGUUAAAGCAGGGUUUGGUGUCAGUUUUUAAUGACAGUUUCAGCCGGAAGCUCGUGGAAACUGCUCAGGAAGGAUCAUCACAAGAUGAUGUGUCAGUGCAGAGAGAUUUCCUGGAAGUGAUGCUGCGAAGGAUCAAGAGGUUACUGCAGUUUGUCCCAGUCAAGUGAUGUGUGAGACACAGAUGUGUGUUUUAACAAGCAAAAACUCUACCUCUGGCAUGCGUUGCUUUCCAUGAGAAACGAGAAACUCAUACUUAAAGUUGCAAACUAAAAGAACAUUUUCAUGUGCUUUGCAACCUGUUUUUUUUUUUUGUACUGGCAAAAAUAUUUAUGUUCAAUAAAUGUUAAUGGUAUUUUUA